AAACCGAAGCCCCAAAAUUGGCACACCUUUAGUCCGAAGUGCUGACUGCCGACUGCGGAGGCAAAACCCGCUAAAACUUUUUCCCGUUCUCCCCAAUUAUAACCCUAAUAACGGAACCUCCAUAUUCCACACUCAUCAACAAUGGCGUCUCGAUAUCGCUCAAUUUGUAGACCAGCUUCAACAAUCUUCAAAUCCAUGGCUACUCCUUCACCUAAACCUACUUCAAUUCCAUCCCUCGCUCCUCGUUCAUCUCCAACAACUGUCACGAGGUCAUUUUCUCGAAUAGGUUGUGUGCAAUCUCUGUUGCCACUACACUCAGCAGUGUCCUCGGCUCGAUUGACAUCUUGUCUCGGGAUAGACUCGAAGGGGUCAAGAUCUUUGUCUCAGGGUAUGCUUUCCAGUGCAAACCCGGGAGUUUGAAAAUUUCUCUUUAUCUUUAUCUAAAUGGGUCUCAGUGUGCCUCGAUAAGGGAGGAGUCUACCCUAAAAUUCACAAAAGAUGGCAUGUUGAUUCACAAGAUUGGUAUCCUUUUUAUAGUCCUUUUUCAUAUAUUUGUUGAAAGAUUUUAGCAACAAUUUUGUAUAAUGGAAGCAUAGAAUUCCAAAAAGUCAUUUAUCAAUUAUUGUUUUCAAUUUC